AUGGAAUGGAUCAUGACUAAAGCCAAAUUGGACGAGAUUACAAAGACCUUCGGAGAACCCGAAUUGGAGUAUAAGAAGAGGAUGGUUCAUUGCAGGAAUAUCAAAAAGAUUGGCAAUGUUUUAGGGUUAAACUCGAAAGUGGUGUCGCUUGCGCAGACUGUUUUCAUGCGUUUUUUUCUUAAAAGGAAGUUGGAGGGGGUGAAAACGGAGUAUGUUGUAGCCGCCUCCCUAUUCUUGUGUAUGAAGCUGGAAGACUGUCGAAAUCGUGCUAUCGAAGAGUUGAUUCGCACAACAACAGAAGUGUUACACAUCACCUACAAAAUGGAAGAACGGAUGGUGUUACAGUUUGAGCGUGCGGUGUUGAUUGGAAUAAUGUUUCGGUUGGACAUUGACACGCCACACACAUACCUCAAAAGAUUAAGUGUUUUACUGAAAGUUGAUAUGCAGAUCUCAAUUGCAGCACACAACUUUGCAAAUGACAUGUGUUCAACAUAUUUACCACUUACACAUCAACCGUUUUGUCUUGCAAUUUUAGCGUUCUGUUUCGCAGCAAAGCAGAGUAAAAUCGAGUUGAUGUAUGACGCAGAUUUGCUCAAAAAUGUAUGCAAAGAGCUGAACAUCCCAAUUCCAGAUGAUUCUAAAGACAAAACAGGGCAAAUCAAUCUCCUUCUUUUCUUUACUAUUCGAGCAGACUUUGUGCAACAAGCGAUGACUGCUCUCUAUCUCUUUUACAAGCCGUAA